AUGUUGGCUGAACUCCCAUCCGAGUUGGUCUACGAAGUCACAUCCCAUCUCGCCCGUAUCGAGCUGUUACCCCUCACCCAAGUAAAUCACACUCUUCAACUCCAAUGCGAGCCAGCAAUCUAUCGCACAAUCUCAUUGUCCUCUCCGACACACGGUCAAUUAGUCAAAUUUUGUCGGACUCUGGUGUCUCGAGCGCAACUGGCGAGCUAUGUGCGAGAACUUCAUGUUGAUAUUGCGUGUGGACCCGCGGGAACCUGGUUGUUGAAACCCUUCGAGACCCUCCUGCUCCGAGCCUUGGGAAUGUUAGAGGAACUCAAAUCACUCUCCGUGGUCAAUGCGCCCUCGAUUCUCCCUUUUCUCUCCCGUGGCAACAUUCAUUUCCCUUACUUGACCGCUUUCCGCUGUCGUCCCAAUCUUGCCUCCAGCUCCUCUCUCGACGAUAUAACAAAUUUCUUGAAUAAGCACUCUUCUCUUGAGUACUUGGCCAUCUUCCCUAGCCACCUACCACUCUCUCCUGACAUGUUCUCCCGCAAUAUCACUCCGAUCAACCUCGCCAGCCUCCGUACGAUGCUUUCAUUUCCUUCAUUGGCCAGUCUCGGACUUAUCUCUCCUGGAUCAUCUUUCAAUUGCCUUCAAUUGGUGUGGAACGAAGAUAAACUUGACGGAUAUCACUUCCUCUCGCAACCUAUCGCUGUUCUGGACAAUUACCUGCUCUCGUGGCGAUAUUCUGUACUACUUCAGACCAUCAAGUCUCACUUUCUGCAAGUUCAUACCCUCAAAUUUACUUUCAUCCAGUCUCUCGUCCAUCAAAAUGAAUGGGAGUUAUUCCUGGUCAACUUCGAACAAGUUCUCCCCUCAUUGAAUACCCUCCAAAACUGCAGCUUUCAGAAUACCGAGCCAAUUCAUGUCACCCAAGAUGUCAUUUCCCAGGAACACGUUUUGUUGAGUCGUUGGAGCUCCCUUUCUUCGUCGUUGCUGCGGGUGCUCUUUCCAAGCCAAGUAGCGUGGUCUCGGAGUAGCAAUCCACUCUACUGGAGCCUAGGUUCAUCAAUCACCAUCGAAUAUCAUCGAAAUCUCGAUGGAUCGCGCAGUGCUACAAUCUCCAGUCACAAUGUCGAAGUACUCAAGUGGUUUUUCACGAAGGCGGUUUCUAAAGAGGUUGGUACUGGCUCGAUGUAUGCUGUUGCGCUUGGCCUCGUUGGCCAGGAAGGUAUGGAUGAAGUAACCAAGUGCAUUGAGAUGGGGAAGGAUAUUUCUGGCUUCGGAGUGAUCCAAAGGCUUUUGCAGAAAGGAUAUGGCCUUCAAGACGCGGAACUUCAUCUAGCAUUCACCGAUAAUCUGUAG